ACGGGACGCGUCUGUUCGAACUUUCUUCAACCUUCACCGGACUUUGUUGUUCUCCUAAUGCUCUUGACAAUUGACAAUGGAGUCUACUGACGUGUCGAAGGAUUCUCCAACGAGCAAUGUGUUUGCUACUACCACAAAGGAUAAUAGCGAUGCAAGCAGUACGAAGGAUGAUGUCCCGACUCACCUUAGAGGUACCAGCAAGCGGGCAAUUCAGGUAUGCGUUACGGCAGCCAUGGGUGGCUUUCUCUAUGGGUUUUCAGCGAAUGCUAUGAGUAGUACAUUAGCACAGACCAGCUUCAUCGCCCAAUUUCUGACGACUCCCGAUGCGACUGCACGAAUGGAUGGUUUGUUGGCAAGUUUCCUAGGUGGCUCUUUCGUUGGAGCUAUUAUACAAGCCCCAGUAUCGAACAAAUGGGGUCGUCGAAAAGCCAAUCUCGUCGCUGCCCUCGUCGCCAUUUUGGCUGGCGUCCUACAAUCGGCGUCCUAUCAUAUUGUGAUGCUCCUUGUCGCCCGCGUCCUAUGUGGUAUCGGUGCGGGAAUGGUGAUGGCUAAUAGUCCGGUCUACAUGAGCGAAGUGGCACCCCCUCACACUCGUGGGCUACUAGUUGGUCUUCAAGGCGUCGGCAUCGUCACAGCUUAUAUUGCAUGUUCAUUGUUCGGACUAAUAUUCAGUUUCGUCGAAAAUCCCGUUCAGUGGCGUCUGAUAUUCAUAGUUCAAACUGUCUCGGCGGCUAUCUUCGCCUGCUCGCUCAUCUUUGUUCCGGAAUCACCACGAUGGCUAAUGGAAAAUGGCAAAGAGGAACAGGCGAAAGCCGAGCUCGAGCGGCUGCAUAGCACUAAGUCGGAUCCAAAGGGUACUCUUGCUCGCGCUGAGGCGAUACAGAUCAAGGCUCAAGUCGAAGCGGAGAGAAAUCUUCCCAAGGGGUAUAUCUAUAUUUUCACAACACCACAUCUUCGCAAGCGGGCGUUCUGUGCCAUCUUAUUAUGGGUUAUGGCGCAAGGCACCGGGAUAACCGCCAUCGCCAAUCUAAUACCGGUACUAAUGGGCGGUCUUGGAUUCGGGACGACUCUUCAGCUUGGUUUGGGUUGUGCAUGGACAGUCGUCUUGAUAAUUGGGUGCGCGGUGAACGUAAUUUACGUGGAUAGAGUCGGUCGUGUCAGACUUCUUGUAAUUGGAGGCAUAGUCAAUGCAGUAAUCCUGGCCAUCAUGACGGCACUGAUCAAAUUUUACCUCGAAACCACCUACCAGCCCGGAAUCAACGCCAUAGUUGCGCUGUACUUUAUCUUCGGGUUUGCCUUCACUUCGACGAUCGAAUGUACGGCGUAUGCCUAUGGCUCAGAGAUAUGGCCUACACACCUGCGUAGUGAAGGCUCUACUAUUGCCUUUGCAUCUUUCUAUGGCAAUGCUCUUGCGUAUAGCGCUCCGGUUAACUUGGCGUUGAAGAAUAUCGGUUGGAAAUAUUAUCUCGUCUUUGUAGCUGUCACCUUGGUGUCUACGGCCUUUAUCGCAAUCUACUUCCCAGAGACCAAGAACCUAACACUUGAAGAAAUUAACGCAAAAUUCGGGGAUGUGGUGGCAGUUGACUUGAAAGACGCCAUUGCAACCGAGGCUCGAUCUGAGACUAAAGGCGACAAGGCACAAAUCUGACGUAAUAUUCAAAAGUUUACCUGUUAUUGCGACCAUGAUCUCGCGAAAAAGGGGGUUGGAAGUGUUGAGAAUGCAGCUUGAGCAUUGGCAACUUCUAGUCAUGUAAAAUAGUGUACUUGUGCUGUCUUCAUAUGUACAUUCGACGACCGCACCCCUAAAAGGUGCUACGUUUUAAUUAAGGAUUGGCCCUGUAAUUGGGGAUUGAUCUGAAAUACUUCCGAAUAGGAGGGCUUUCUGUAUAUUCUAAAGGUAUUUUCCAACUUUUAUCUAUUUUUAUAUUAAUUUUAUAAUCUUUUUUUUCAAA